AUGUAUUACUAUGGUACAUUAUGUUACAAAAUAUGUGUAAAUUUUAUAUUAUGCACAAUAACCACUGUAGGCCAAUCUAUUUCAGUCUCAUACGUUCACGAGCUUAAAGAAGCAAGCAGGCCCUUAUGGUUAUCGCGGCUUAGCAAAUAUGCCAAUGCAAGCAGGAUUACGAAUCAUUCGUCAUUCAUAAAUUAUGGCAACAUUUGCAUGAUCAACAAGCAAAGGGUACCCAUAGACACAAAAUUGAUUAGGAAAUUUGCAAGGAAUAUCAAGCGGAUUCUCAAAAUCCCUCAUGUAAAAAUCUCCAUAAAGUUUGUAGAUAUGGAUAACAUGAGACAAUUAUACAAAGUUCAUUUUGGAAAGGAUAAAUCAGGGGACAUAAUAUCUCUACGCAUUUUACCCAAACUGCACCAUUUUGGAACAAAUUCACCAGAAUCUCGACGGGGGGUUGAUGAACGCAGCGGUGGUAAACUUCUGGGCCAUAUGUUUAUGCGGGGCAAAAUUUACAUUUGUCCAGAAUAUAUUAAUGAGCAAAAAGAUAUUAUUCCAAGCGAUGACGUUGAGAUGCUAGGCGUGGCAAAAUCAGUAAGAGAAGCUAGGGACAUAUCCAUGAAGAUAGGCUACCUGCUAGUGCACGGAAUAUUGCAUCUAAUUGGUCACGACCACCAACGAGAUGAAGAUUUCAACAAUAUGCUAAAGAUGGAGGAUUACGUAAUUUCCAGGCUGAAUAUAUCGAAUAAUCCAUUAGUUUAA